CGGCGGCCGCGGGAGGGGGCGGGGGAGUGCGGGACGGAGGCAGCAGCCUUGCGGCUUCAUCUGUUUAUUUCGCUGCACUAUUUUCCGGCCUCCGCCUCCUUGCCUCCGCCCCCGGCCGCCCUUGCUCUGCACUUCUCAGUCCCCGCUCCGUCGUCCUGCAUUUGCCCCACCGGAUCCGGCCAUGGCUCCCUCCUUUCGGCCCAGCAAGAACCGACCGAGCCGGGACGACGAGGAUUUCUUCGAGGCCAGAGGAGACAGGAAGGCAAGGAAGCCGCUGGUGGAGAAGAAGCGGCGGGCGCGGAUCAACGAGAGCUUGCAAGAGCUGCGGCUGAUCUUGGCGGACACGGAGUUCCAGGCGAAGAUGGAGAACGCCGAGGUAUUGGAGCUGACGGUGAAGCGGGUGCAAGGCAUCCUGGAGAACAGGUCUAUCGAUAGUGACAAACUGCAGCGGGAGGCCAGCGAGCGCUUUGCAGCUGGGUACAUUCAGUGCAUGCAUGAAGUUCAUACGUUUGUCUCCAACUGCCCUGGGAUUGAUUCCACCAUUGCAGCAGAGCUCUUGAACCACCUUCUGGAGUCGAUGCCUCUGAACGAAGGCAGUUUCCAGGACCUGAUAGCGGAUGUCUUGUCAGACCCCUCCAUCAGCCAGUGGCCUGGCAGCGAUGGGCUCUCCCAAACGCCUGGGGAAUCGCCUGCAGCUUUGAACCUGCCCAGUCCCAAUUCGCCUCUUCCUUCACCUUCCUCCAGUGAGGAGACUUGCUCUGAUGUGGAAAACACGGAGGCUGAGCAAAGCCACAUCUCUUUGGAUGGACUGGACAGGUCUAGGACGCAAAAUGUGCCUUCCUCCAGCCUUUCCAAAUCUAUGUGGAGACCUUGGUAGUAAAGAGACUGCACAGGAACCAACGAAGAUCUACCUAAUAGGGAGAAUACUUGAGCACUGUGUUCUUCUAGCCAUUGGAAUAGAGACGGUGAGGAUUUCAGAUGGUGCAUUUGUGUCGUAAUGUUGCUGUAUUUCAGGACUGCAUAGCUGGGCACUCUUACACUGUCAAAUCCUGACAGGCUAAAUAGCUCGAAUGUGUUAACAUUUCAUCUGUGAGUGUGAGAGGUGAAUAUUGGAAAGUCUUGGUUUCUUUUUAUGAUUAAGGGUGUGGGUUAAAAGUGAUGGAAGUAUGGAAGCAGAGCUCUUUUGUUGAAGCACAGCAGUGUUUUGCAACUUACCUUUUUUGUUUCCUUGGGGGUUUUUUAAUGGUCCUUAUAAGUGGCCCUGAAUCACUACCUUUUUUCGAUUAGGAGAAAACCCUUGUGCAUUUGAAAACUUGGUGGUUUAAUACCAGUGAAAUGUAUGAAGUGAAGCAGUUAUGCACAACUUCAAAUGUUCUAGUGAUAGAUUUUUCUUUCUCUUAUUUUUUAAAAAGGAAAAUCCCUGAAAGGGAUUGGUGAAGCUAGUCUCUUGAUGAGUUUAGUGGUCUAGGAUUUCUCCUUCAGUGAAGGAAGAGGAAACUAGGAGCCAGACUGGAAUUAGGUGAGCAUUUAAAAUAUUGGUGGCAGGGUGCCUUUUAGAAACGUGUCUUACGCACAGCUAGCACAUUUGAAUUUAUUGUGGUCUGUUUUAUAGCUUGUCAAAUGUUUUAUUUUAAUCUUUUUAUAUAUAAAAAAAUAAAAGCAACUAAAUUCACCAAUGAUUGCAUGUAUUUUGAGGGGUGGGUGACAAUUCUGCUCUAGAAAUUCUGUUCCAAGUGAGCAAUUCAUAAAUAUGUAUCCUUGAGUGCAAACAUUGGUAAUUAAGCACUUAAUUAUUGUACUGAACUUGCCUGUUCAAGUAUGGGGAGUUGGAAUGUUUCAUUUGUUCAGGAUUCUUGGGCUAACACAGUGGUUAUACUUCUGGUUUUUGGCACACAUAUGUUCUUGCGUUUGGUUACGUGACUUCCCAAUUUAGUUUGUCAUUGCUAAGCCUUUGUUUUUAAGCAACAGCAUUGGUAAUUGUGUAAAAACCAAUAACAAAUGGCUUAGUGAGGGUUUGAACCAUUGAAUACGUUCCCGGUUUGAAUGGAAAACAUUGAAUUACAUGCCAUUAAUUAAGAAACUCGGAAGAUGUUCUUUGAUCUACUGCAACUUCAGCUUUCCUCCACUUAAAAACAGGUGUUUUUUUUAUUUUUUAAGAUGUGUGAGCUGUUUGUGCUGUUACCUUUCCACAGAGCUGUCAUUGUAAUAUAGAUCUAUGCUGUAAGUUUCCUUAACGCAAGAAAAUGUCCCAGCAUAGAGAAAGAAAGGGAGGGGUAAAAGUAAGGUUGGAGGGCUAGCUAUGUAAUCUUCCUUUUUGUUAACCAUGUGGAAUAAUAAAAUUGGAAACAAA